CAAUAUCACCACUCAUAAUCAACUGGCUCGCAUGUUCUUGACAGUCUGCAUCGAAAGGCUGACUCUCUUUCCCGACAUUCCUUUCUCUUGACUUUGCCAUCCGUUGAGGACCUGUUCUAAUGCACCGCCCUCAUCUACUUUUCCUGGAUGCCUAUGACUCCUUUAGCAAUAAUAUCAUCAAUUUGCUUCAACAAGAUCUCAAUGCCACCGUGCAAGUGAUCAAAAUUGAUGACAAGCGAUUUGCUAAAACCGAUGAUGCAUGUUUCCAUGCUUUUCUCAAACGCUUCGACGCUGUAGUCGCUGGUCCUGGUCCUGGCGAUCCUAGAAAUUCUCACGAUCUGGGUCUCAUUGGGAAACUAUGGCAUCUACCUGAAGAGGUCUGCUUGCCCGUCUUGGGCAUUUGCCUUGGCUUUCAAAGUCUCGCCCUUGCCUUUGGAGGUACAGCUGGUAGACUGCACCAACCUCGUCAUGGCUUAGUGACUGAGGUUUCCCACCAGAGACAGUCGCUGUUCCAGGAUAUUGAUGUCCUCAUGGCCACUCAAUACCAUUCGCUGCACGCAAAGCUUGGUCAUAACGUAGACAAAACAUCCCCUGAUCUAUGGAGGGCCACUUCGAAUUGCCCAGACAUCAUACCACUUGCCUGGGACUUGUCAGAUGACCAAAAUGGGCCAAUCCUCAUGGGUAUCAGACACACAAGCAAACCGUUUUAUGGAGUGCAGUAUCAUCCGGAGUCAAUCUGCACAAGCUCUGCUGGUGCACAAAUUAUCCACAACUGGUGGUCUGAAGCCUUCGCAUGGACUGUCAACCAGGCAGCCAAGAUCCAAACCCCGACUGCAUUCCAUCUCUCCAUCGAUGUGGAGUCUUGCGAUGCAAACAGUGAGAGCGGUGAUGAUUCUGCAAGCACUUCAUCAUCUCUGUUCGAUGCUGUCAACCCUACCGUCAGAGACACUACAGCCACAACUCCAGCAGUCACUCGAGACUCGUCUAGGAUGGGACGCCCGGCUUCUCCUAGAUUUGUCAGCUGGAGGUGCAUCGACAUGACUUCUAGUCCAGUAGAUGUGGCUGCUCUGCUCCAAAAUCUGCAGGAUAUCAAUCAGCAAGCCGUCUUGUUGGAAUCUGGCAGCAAGAACGGGCAGCCUGUCCGACCAGAGACUGGUCGCUUCAGUAUCAUCGGUUGUGUAGAAGACGCUCCAUCAAUCAAGUACUCUACUGGCAAUCAUAUCAUCACUAGUAGUCUCUCGGGUACGAACAGCUCCUAUAAUGGAUCUAUGUCCGACAUCUGGUCGAGCGUCGAGACUUUCAUGGCCGCAAAUAAGGCAACAGAUGGAAAUACUGACCUACCCUUCUGGGGUGGCCUUGUCGGAUUCGUAUCCUACGAAGCUGGCUUAGAGACAAUCGAUGUUGCUCAACCGGCAAACGAUGACCGCCCUGAUGUUUGGUUCGUCUUUGUGUCACGUAGCGUGAUUGUUGACCACGUCGAGAGAAGGGUCUACAUUCAAAGUUUGGAAGAAAAAGAUGAUCAUUGGUUCGAAAAAGCUGGAAACACUGUGAAAGAACUUUCGAAGGAGCCUGCAUCUCUAGAUAAGCCAGGACUACCCAUACCAGCCAUCAUUGCUCCGAUACAGGACGAGUAUGUGCAGAAGGUUGAGAUUUGUCAGAGCCACAUAAGAGCUGGUGAUUCCUACGAACUCUGCUUGACCGAUCAAAGCAUAGUUUCCCAUGACGAAAGCUGCAGACCGUCAUCUUUCGAGCUCUACCAGCGCCUGCGAACACGGAACCCUGCACCGUUUGGUGCAUAUUUGCGCUUGAAGGACAGCAACAAAGAAGGAAAUAAAGAAGGAAGCAAAGAAGAAAGCAAAGAAGAAAACAAGAAGAAAAUCAAGGAAGAAAAAGGAAACGCUGUAACCAUCCUGUCCUCUAGCCCAGAACGAUUCUUGUCAUGGUCUCGGGCUGGCAAAUGUCAGUUCAGACCCAUCAAAGGGACUGUUGAGAAAAAGGACGGUCUUACCAGGGAGGACGCCGAAAAGUUAUUGAAUGUCGAUAAGGAAAGAGCUGAGAAUCUGAUGAUUGUCGACUUGAUCAGGCACGACUUGCAUGGUGUGGUCGGGUCUGGUAAUGUGAAAGUCGAGAAGUUGAUGACUGUUGAGGAGUACCAAACUGUCUUCCAGCUCGUCUCAGUCAUCGAAGGUCAACUGCAAGAAGGGUCAAGGCAUACUGGUAUUGAUGUCCUAGCAGCCUCCCUCCCUCCAGGAUCCAUGACUGGUGCUCCCAAGAAACGGUCGUGCGAGCUGUUGACAGAGAUAGAAGGAAAAGCGAGGGGAAUCUACAGCGGUGUGCUUGGGUACUUUGAUGUCGGGGGUGGUGGAGACUUCUCGGUGGUAAUUCGAACGGCCUUUCAAUGGGAGGAUGAGGGGGUGUGGCGGAUUGGUGCUGGUGGAGCGGUCACUGUCCUAUCCUCGCCAAUUGCUGAGUUCGAGGAGAUGGACCUCAAGAGGCAGAGUUGUCUUCCAUCUCUUGGAUUGCAAUCUCUGUCUUCUGUCGGAUCUCGUUAGGACCCUG